AUGCCUUCAUUAUUUGAAAUAAUUCAAUUUCUUUACAUUUUCCAAAUUCUUCUUUCCGUAAUCACCAUUUCUCUUAAUAGUGCUUUGACUAUAAUUACAUCCAAUUCUGGUUCUACCAAUUUAUCAUCUGAUGUCUAUGCAACAUUUGUAUUUUCAUCAAUUUCUUUAUUGGUAGCCAUAACUCUUUCCAUACCAUCAAUUGUUCGUAAAUUCAAUUACACCUUUUACGUUUUGAUCAUCAAAAUUAUCUUAACCAUUUUAUGGUUUAUUAUCUCAAUCAUAAUUAUCGCAAAAUCCAAUAAUGAAUCAGUUUUAGAUCCCAAUUUUGUUCAAGAUAUAAAUCUUGGAUGUGCAAUUGGAGUUUUUAUUUGGAUAAAUUUCGUAACUUGGUCAAUUUCUACAAUUUUACAUUUUAAAAUACGAUCUCGAGAAUGUUAUAACAAAAGAGAUAUUAACAAAAAAAUUAUUAUACAUAGUACCAAUUAUAGUCGUAAUAGUUUUUAUUAUGAUCAAGAUGCAAAAGUUUUAACAACACCUAAAAUCAUUAAAGAAAUUGAUGAAAUGAUUAAAAAUCCUGAAACAAUUCAACAAUCUAAUCAAAAUUCGAUAACAUCAGAAAAACAACCUAUUGUUGAAUGGGAUUAUUCACUUUCAAAUACGAAUACUACUACUUACACUUUGGUAAAUACGUCAAGUACUGAACGAUCAUUUGUUCCUGCACCACAAGUAGCAUUAACGAAUGAUUAUUAUUCUUCAUCUGCAAAUGAAUCUGACAGAAAGGAUUUUUAG